AUGAAUCAAGCUAACCCUAAAAUAUACAACAGUUUUUUAGGAGGAGUUCUACCAGAUUCACUAGUUCUGGGAGUUUUAUUAGUUUUAAAAGCUUUAUUCUUUAAGUUAAUUCUACAAUCUCCAUUACUUCUACCAGCUGAUGAUAUUUCAUCAGAUCUAAAAACUCAGGCAAUCCAGUUAAUUCGCUCAUCUACAUUACUUCCACAAGUUGAAGGUUUUUCACCUGAUUUACUAGCUCAGGCAGUUUUAUCAAUUCUAAAAUUUUUACCAGAUUCACUAUUUCAGGAAUUUCUAUCAAUUUCACGAGUUCAAAAGGUUUUAUUAGCUCUGCUAGUUAAACAAACCCCACCAGCUCGAGUAUGGAUAGAAAAUUCAAAAUUUUCAAAAAUUGUAUCAGAUAUGCCAAUUGGAUUAUAUACCAAAGUUAAAAACGCUCUACAACUUUGGAACAUUAACAAUAGUUUAAGAGUUAAGAAUGCUCCAAGAGUUAAGAAUGAUCCAACAGUUCAGAAUGCUCUAACCCUUCUAUCAGCUCUACCAUUUAAACUAGCUCAUGAAGUUAUAUCAGUUCUACCAAAUCCACUAUUUCACGAAGUUUUAUCGGCUUUAUCGGCUCUAAAAGCUCCACUAGUUCAGGAAGUUCAACUAGUUGAGGCAAUUCCACUAGUUCAGGCAGUUCUAUUAAUUCUAUCAGAUCUACCAGAUGAGAUAUUUCAGAAAAU